AUGACACUUCCUCUAACAAUCCAAAGCUCUCAACCGACACAGGUAGUAAUAACAUUAUCCGGAAUUACACUCUUGGAAUAUGAAUUCUUACAAAAAAAUGUUCCUAGGCAUUACACACUCACUAGAACGUUGACGACAUCAACAUCGUACUUGGUCGUGAGCAGACCCACUUUUAGCGAAAAGUACAUAUGUGCCUUGCAGUGGAACAUCCCUAUAAUACACAUAUCGUUCUUGUACAACACACACGUUCCUGUUAAAUCAUUCCUGAUAACACCGUUCCAGAACAUGAAAUUUACAAUUGAAGAUGUGAACAAUCCGAUCUUUAAAAACUAUUUUGUAUGCCAGGGCGCAGUUUAUGUGGAAAAUAUGCGAAUUGAUCUUGAUUUUCUGAUAGCGGACGGUGAAAAUGAGCGAAAGAAAUUUGCGGAUAAAUACGGUAUUCCUGUGAUACGAACAUCAGAUGUAUUUAGAAAUAAUUAUAGGAAAUUCCAGAAAAAAAAUUGGUUAUUCGCACUCAGAGACAUGUCGGCGCACAAGAGGAAAGAUGCACAGAACAGAGAAGAAUUGGCACAAAGCGCAAGUUGUGGUGAAGACCUAGAUGGGAAAACGCAUUUAGAAAUGAGUGGAAAUGAUGCAAAGAUAUUCAAGGAUAAGAUAUUUUAUUUGGACAGCGAUUAUUUGUCAAAAAAACUGAUACAUCACUUGAAGAAGCUGAUAAUAGAAAAUGGCGGUUUUAGACUUUCACAUGGUGCAAAAAACACGGAUUACGUGAUUUCAGAGAACGAUCUUUCCUUCGAAUUCAUAUUUCAUUGCAUAGAAAACGGCGAACUUUUGCUUCCUGCUCUCUUCCAGAACAACAGUGCCAAACCUAUUAGAGUGCUGGAAGGAUGCACCUUUAUUGUGACCACCAAAUACAACGAAGAAAUAAACAACAAAAUACGUGCCAUGGGUGGCAGAAUCAAAGAUAAAUAUGACUAUACCGUUACGCACUUCGUUACUGAACAUGAAAAAUUGAGGAAGAACGCUAAGUGUGUGAGUAAGGAAUGGAUUGAUAAGUGCCUGUAUUUGAUGAAAAAAUGUGAAGAACGGAUAUGCAUUCUGAGGUUGCCCACCAGGCAAACUGUUUCAUACAAUAUGGAAAAGGAGAUUGUUGUUCAGUUCACUGGUUUGCCGCCAGAUCUCAAGGCUAAACUGAAGAUGAAGUUAGACGCACUCAAUAUCAAAUAUAUGGAGAAUGAACAGAUGAAGGGUGUUACGCAUCUUAUAUCGGCAAACUUAGCAACUUCAGAAAAAUUUUUGUGUGCUAUGGUGAGUGGCAUACCUAUUAUCAAACCGGAUGUUGCAGAUAACGAUUUGAGCAGCCUGAUGUGGACAGAGGAAGAUGCUGAUGAAAAAGACAAAAAAAUCGUAAGAGCCGUAAAAUAUUGGCGGGAUUUAAUUCGGAAGUCACACCGACUUCCUUUUUCAGGAUGGCGGGUCAAGCUUUUCUGUGUGAAGUCACGGCUCGGAUCAUAUCGUCGCGUGUUAGAGUGUGGUGGUGCCGAAAUAGUGGAGACGCAAUGGACUCACAGUUUCAAAUCAAAGGAUUAUAAAGAAAUCAUAGACAGAGAUGCACAUGUACGCACCACCGAUCAUAUCUUUUCAUAUUUAUUCUCCAGAAUACAAAAAAACGAUUAAGAAACGAUGGACCACAGCUUUCGUGAAUAUACAUAGAUCGGAUACAAUUUAACAUAAUAUUAAUACUUUUUGCAAAGCAAUUCGGCACAGUGCUGCUUAUAUUUGUGACAACAAUGUUACCAGGUCAAUCAUUCUAGUAAUGGUAGAGUGGCUGUGAAGAUGGUUAUUAGAUGUAGAUAAUAAAGAUAAAUCGAUG